ACAAGCUCUGUACCGUAGAAUUCUCCUUUCAUUUUACCAUCGUAUUUUAUUUAUAGUGUGUGUCUUCGUUCUUGUUCCUCACCGACUUUGUUGACAUUUUUCGGUUUAGUGAUCUCUGAGAGGAAAGAAAAGGUUUAGCCGCACAAGUUUAAGCUGACAGAAAAUGGGUCGCGGUGUGAGUGCCGGUGGUGGUCAGAGUUCUUUGGACUAUCUCUUUGUGACUGAUGAGACUGCCAAUAACAAUGCCCCGGCUGCAGACAAUGCCCCAGCUGCAGACAUUGCUCCAGCUGCAAGCAGUGAAGGUCAGCCUGCAGAUGGUAGCAGCCCUACAGAAAAUACUACUGUUACAUCACCAGAUGAUAAGCAAGUUCCACCUGGAGAUGUUCCUGGUUAUCUUAAAAACAAUUACCAUCGUGCUGAGGGACAAAACUGUGGCAACUUCGUCACGGAUCGACCAUCUACAAAGGUUCAUGCCGCUCCAGGUGGAGGGUCUUCCUUGAAUUACCUCUUUGGUGGUCCUCCUCCUGAGAACAAGUAAUUUGUCACCAUGAAGAACGCUUUUCAUUUGAGACAUUUUUAUGCGUCCUACACUUUUGUGAAAUAGAUACUUUUCCCCAAUUUAUAGACUCAUGGAGUUGUUUCUUCUGCAACAAUAAACCCGUUUGCUUGACAAUGUUGGAGUAGCCAAUGGCAUUAACUAUGAUAAUUCAUAGGUUUGUUCUGAUGUGUAAUUUUGUGAAUGUCAUUUAAUGUAAGUUACUCUUCUUCUUC